GCGGUAUGACGCCGAUCGUAGUCAGGUCCUGUUCCCGACAGAUAGUAAACCCGUGAUGAAGGGAUCGAACAUGCAAGCUCGCAAUGUGCAAGGCAAAGAAGUCUUUGGACGUAUAAGUAUCAUGUUCUCUGCUGUCCUAGACCAAAUCAUCCAACACAUUACUCAGUCUUCAUAACUUCAAUCACUCUCGCUUCUAUCUUCUCAACUUCAAUCCCCAUCAACCAAACAACAAAUCAACCAUGCGUUUCACUCAGACCUUCUUCGCUGUCACAGCCCUUGCUGCUGUCUCCUUCGCCGACGAUAACGGCCCCUGCGACGACCAGAACGACAAUGGAGUCGUCUGCAGCAACGGAGUCCCUGUCAGCUCCAACGGUGUCGCUCUCAAUGCCAACACUGCUACCAUUACCACCACCAAUGCCGCUUCCACCACCAGCCUUGGCUCGCGCAUCUCGCUCAUCUCGUCGACCGACACCGACAUCAUCGUCUUGACUACACAAUCAGUUGUUGUAGACACCACAUCUCUCCCUCACUCCCUCGACACUCGCACUUCCACCAACUUGAACACCAUCGUUCAGACUCUUGAGUCCGUCUACACUACCAACACUCUUGGUAACAGCGCUUCAUCCAGUUCUUCCAGCAGAGUUGUUGCUACCACCACCAACACUGUCACCACCGGCACUGCCGCUGGUGCUUCUGCUGCUUCUACCUCAGCCUCUGCUACUGGCAACUUGGCCGCUCUCCAAACCGCGGGAAAGUUUGCUCCUUUCGGUGUUGCCGUGGCCGCUCUUGGUUUCGCUGCUGCUCUCUAAGCAAAGACAUUGUAACAUUCAUCUUACGCAAGUUCGGUGAUUCUAUGAAAGGUGGAGAGGAGAUUGAACGUGGACCUAGGGAGAUCAGAACUAGAUGCGAACUUUCAACAUUGGAUAGGAUAACGGAUUAUGGGCGAUUAUGAAUACAGGAAUAUGUAUAGUAAUAAGUAUGUAGUAUUGUUUAUGAAUCUUUCUGUACUCGACAAAGAUGCUCCAACCUCCUCUGGUACCUUUGACCCUGGUCAACCAAUUUGCUAGUGCAGUGUGAUGAUUUAGUUUUCUUCUCCAAAGAUUGGAGUCGAGAUGAGAAGAUCUGCAGGAAUGGUUCGAU